AUGAAGCUUUUGUUACUAAUUCUUCCGUUGGUAAUAAGCUUCAAUUUGCCAGGCCCAUUCUUCGAACCCGAGAAUCGAGAAUCGGGCCCGAGACGGCGGCGGCUUCAGGCGGAAGCGGCCGAGCCGCCGGGCGAACCGGACGUGGUGGUGGCGCAAGACGGGUCUGGAAACUUUGAAACCAUAAAAGAGGCUCUGGAAGCGUCGGUAAAAAGGGAAAAUGACGAUGAAAAGUUUGUGAUUUACAUAAAAGCAGGGAUUUAUGAGGAGUAUCUUGUCGUUAGUGACGAUAUGAAGAAUGUGAUGUUGCUGGGAGACGGCAUAGGAAACACCAUUAUCACUGGUAGCCACUGCACCAUGGAAGGAAUAUACAGGACAUGGAACGCUUCCACUGUUGUGGUGGUCGCCGAUGGAUUCGUAGGACGCGACAUUACAUUCCAGAACACCGCUGGCCCGUCAAGAGGGCAGGCUCCGGCUAUCACGGUAAACUCCGACCAAGCCGCCUUCUACCGCUGCAGCUUCGAGGGAUACCAAGACACCCUCUACGCCAAGCAGGGCGACCAAUUCUAUCGGGAUUGCGAUAUCUACGGCACAGUCGACUUUGUCUUCGGCAACGCCACCGCCAUCUUCCAACGCUGCAACAUAUACGUGCGAAAACCGCCGGGAAACGAAGCCGUCAUCGCCGCUUCGUCACGGGACUCGGCCGAGGCCACGACCGGUCUCGUCUUCCAGAGCUGCCACGUGAUGGCGGCGCCGGAGCUGCAGUCGGUGGUGGACUCGUACAAGAUCUACUUGGGCCGUCCGUGGAAGCCGUACGCUCGGACAGUGUACAUUAAGAACGAUCUGGAUAUUCCGAUUGAUCCGAGCGGGUGGCUGGAAUGGGAAAAUCGUUCUGAUGCGAGAACGGUUGAUUACAGAGAGUUUAACAACAGAGGGAUUGGUUCGGCGACUGGUGGGAGAGUGGGAUGGCCGGGGUAUAGAGUGAUGAAAGGCUCUAGGGAAGCGGAGGAGUUCACCGUCAGAAAAUUCCUGAAAGGCGAUGAGUGGUUGCCGGCCACCGGGGUGAUGUUCCACUCUGGGUUGUAG